AACAUGCUUUUAAUUCGUGUUUAGUUGUAUUACAGCGCAGUUGAAGCAAAAUCAACAACUUCCUUCUCAUCAUCCAUGGCGUCAACGUCAACGUCAACAUCAACGCCGGUGGGUAGUGCGGCGGCGCCGCCACCUCCACCCAAGGAAUCUUUUCUCCGCCGUAACAAGUUCAUUUUUCCUAUGUUCUUGGCUGUCAAUUUGUCUGUUGGAGCUUAUAUUUUCAUGAACAAAAAGAAAGAUGUGGGAACUGAGGCAGGAGAAGUGUCAGAUGUUCCUAGCAGUUCAGUUUCAUCAACAGUUGCUGAGAAGCAAGCAACUGUUCCAGCUCUUGUGCAGCCUGCUAUUGUUCAUGAACCAAUACCAGAAGAUCAACAACGAGAACUAAUGAAGUGGAUAUUGGAAGAGAAGAGAAAACUUAAACCAAAAGAUCCAGAGGAGAAAAAGCGCAUUGAUGAGGAGAAAGCUAUGCUCAAGCAGUUUAUUCGAGCCAAGUCCAUUCCAAGUUUGUAAUGGAGACCCUUCACAACUUUGAUACUACUAGCUUGGAGAUGUACAAAGGUUGGAUUUUCCCUUUUCACUGCAAAGAUGGCACCGAAGAAUCAAAUUGCUUGAACAAUGAAUAUAUAUUGGAUCUUUUUCUGAAUUGCUUGAACAAUGAAUGUAUAUUGGAUCUUUAUCUGAAUUGUUGACUUUUACAAGAAAUUUGUAAAUAGAGUGCUUUUCUCAUAAAA